UCUUUAGAAUUAAUUAGUAGUAAACAAUAAGCAAUCACUUGUUAUAAAAUACAAACUUCACCCAUCACCAAAACCUCUUUAAUUUCUCCUCCACAUUUUCCUUCUCUCUUUUUGGUUUAUUAAGUUUUGUUUUUUCUCAUUACUGUUUUUGUCAAGUUUUUCUUUCUUCAUUCUUCUUCAUAGAUUGCUUCAUUUUAUAAGCUUCCUCAACCCAAAAAUAAUCCAACCAAAUUCUCUUUCGAUCUUGAUUAUACAUCUUGAUUCCAUAUUUACAUACACGUACCAAACACAAACAUGAAAUAAAAUUAGAUGAUUAAGAUUGAAACCUACCAUUUGUAUUCUUCAUGUCUCCUAUAAUCAGUGAACUCCUCCUCUGUGGGUUCACCAUCAAUUCCGCCCUUCGCCGCCGUACCCACCUUGUCUCCUCCUUCUCUGUUGUCUUCCUCUACUGGUUCUACGUUUUCUCAUGAACUAACCUUCUUCAACAAAUAUAAAUAUAUAUACAUACACUAGAUCAUUUAUUUUAUUUGUAACGACAUAUAUAGUAUAUUAAAUAUAUUGUUAACAUAGAUGGCUAGUUCAAGUUCAUCUGCAAGUCAACAACAGCAAGUUACUCAUAACAACAAUUCAUCAUCUGGAUCCGAGGCAGACCCUCAACAAGUCAUGGAUACAAGGAAGAGGAAGCGUAUGCAAUCCAACCGCGAGUCAGCCAGGCGAUCCCGCCUUCGAAAGCAGAAACAUCUGGACGAUCUAGCAGUUCAGGUGAACGAGCUUAAGGCUCAAAACAACAAGAUCUUGUCUACCACGACCGGUACCACGCAGCUUUACCUAGACGUCGAGGCAGAGAAUUCUGUCCUCAGGGCUCAGCUAGCUGAGCUCAGUAAUCGCCUUCAGUCACUUAAUGAUAUUAUCAACUGCAUCAGCGUCAGCAGCAACAACAUUAAUAAUAAUAACGUUAUCUUGAGGACUACUACAAGCAGUGAAUGUGAUGAUCAAGAGAGCUUUGGUAGCUUUGAUCUUGAUUUCGAUGAUGGUUUUUCGAUGAAUUCGUGGGGGUUUUCAUUUGCCAAUUAUCCUACCGUGCCUACCCAGGACAUAUUCAUGUGUUGAUCGGUGUUAUUAAUUAAAGGUACCUACUUUAAAUGGGUUCGUGUAUAAAAUUAAUGUUAACAACCCCGGCAUAAAUCCCGCAAUUGAUAAUUAAGAUUUUACUUGGUAUGUGUUAUUAAUAAGGGAGAAAGUAUGUGCUUUUGAUAUGUUGUCAAAGUGUAAUGUCAACGCACAUUGGAAUCAAAUUACAUGUUAAAACAUCAUUAGAAUGCAGGUAUUGUUGUAUUGUAGUCAUUAUUGUGUGUAAUGCGUCAUAUGAUGCAGAUACUUUAAUUUGGACUUUUUCAAUUAAAUUUUGCGUACAUGAUUUAA